AUGCCCGGGGUUUUUGUGGAAGUAACCCGUUCAAUUGUUCCCCAGCGUCGCACACGAUCAUCACACGAAAUCAUCGAUGUCGACUUGCUCGAUGACAACGUUAUUCAUCGCCCUACUCAGCGGAGGCGGAUGGCAUCGAGUGUCGGCUCGAGUACUUCUUCAGAUGUCAUUGUUCUCGAUAGCGACGAUGAGCAAUUUGCAUCCUCGCAGGGCCUAACAACGCGGCCGCGGCGCUCAGGCGCACGACUCGUCUCUCCACCACCACCCUUACCGAACCUAUCUAUACCACCCGUGCCUCUCAUUCAAGAGCACCAUCAUCUCCACACGACCCCUGACCCUCCACCCCAGCCCCCUACAUUUGGUCUUGUGCGACCAAACGAGCAUCCCUUUGAAUUUGAAGUAUCAUUGGGGCCUCGUAGAGUUCACGCGCUUCCCCGACCCGCGCCUGUUCGUCCACCGCCCCCACCAGCUCCAGCACCUCCUUCCCACCAUGUCCCGAACAUGGGCUUCGGUGGCGCGAUCUUGUCUCUAAACCGCCAAAACGCCAUAGAACAGCACCUUGAGCAGGAACGCAGUCGUGACCGUCAGUUAGCUCGCAUGCAGAACAUCUUCCGCCGCGUGUCGAGUUAUCUCCCGUAUUGGCGAUCGGUCAUCGACCGUGGCGAAGCAGAUGAGCUCUUAGACGCCGCCUUGGCCGAAUCGUUAAUAAAUCCCGUCUGGGGAGAUGUAACAGGUGUAUCUGAGGACGGCGAUGCCUUUGGUUCCCAUUUCCGUCGCGUCCAGCAGGGCUAUAAAUCCAUCUACACGCAUCCCUUGCCGCCUGCUGAAGGUUUCACGCACAAUUUUGCUCAUUCGGUCCCGAAAUCUUCGCCCACCGAUGUGAUCGUGCUUGAUGAAGACGAGAUAAGCGCGAGUGCGUCUGGGACCUCAAGCAGUUGCGACGUCAGCAUGAUGCUUGUGUGUGCCAGCUGCUUAGAUCCACUCUAUCUCGCGGGCGGUGCGUUAUCAGACGAGGAGAGGGCCAAGAGCAAGGUGUGGGGUCUGAGGUGUGGGCAUAUGCUAGAUGGCAAAUGCGUGGCCAAGCUCAUGCAGCCCUUGGACCUCGAGAAGGAUGGCGUCGAGCUCGGAGAUGGUAGACCAUGUGACGAAGAGGUUAGCAAGGGGAAAGGAAAGUCAAAGGCAAGAACUUCCAUUGACCGGGCUACUUCAAACGAUUCCAUCGGAUCGACUCCCCCCAUCGCAAUACAUCAGCAUACUACUCAGUCGAAUACGGCGUCAAAUUCUGUACGUUCACGUCUUCGCCCUCGUAAUACGGCUGGACUUGUUUUGCACGCUUCUGCGCCUUCGUCUGGAAGAGACACUCGCUCGGUUAAUCCACCCCAAACCCACCUUGGUCACCGUCCUCAUCCAAGGCCAGCAUACUCUGUGUACGGUCCGUCUAGUUCUGCCACACCUUCAUCCGGCUUAAAUGCCCGCGCAAAAGGCAAGGGCAAAGUCGUUGCGCCUCGCAUCGAGGCGACCCACGAAUGGCGCUGCCCCGUGCCCAAGUGCGGGCACCUGCAUUCAAGCAUCAAUGUCGAAGGAAAGGGUUGGAUGAUGGAUGAAAAUAGGGGUGCAGUGGGUGUAUUUGCGUGA